ACAAACAAAACAAGACGUUAACGAUUCAUUCCACGGUCUUAAACUCAGUUGGGCCACGUCUCUAAUUCAAUACCUUCAUCGAACCCUUAAACACGAAGCAAUAACACAGCAUACUUAAGAUUCCAAACUCUUUCAAAUCCUUUCCGUUUCUGGGUUCAAUUCACUUCACUCCACUUCAGAUUCGCAAACCCUCCGAUUUAACUGAGAGAUGAAUCAGAACGGUUUGAUAUACAGCUUUGUUGCAAAAGGGACUGUGGUUUUAGCGGAACACACAUCGUACUCUGGAAAUUUCAGUACCAUAGCCGUUCAAUGUUUGCAGAAAUUGCCUUCUAAUAGCAGCAAGUAUACAUAUUCGUGCGAUGGCCACACUUUUAACUUCCUCCUUGACUCUGGAUUCGUAUUUCUUGUCGUUGCAGAUGAAUCGGUUGGGAGGAAUGUGCCCUUUGUAUUUCUUGAGCGAGUGAAGGAUGAUUUUAAACAGCGUUAUAGUGCUAAUAUUCAGAAUGAGGGUUCACAUCCUCUUGCUGAUGAUGAUGAGGAUGAUGAUUUGUUUGAAGAUCGAUUUAGCAUUGCGUACAAUCUUGACAGAGAAUUUGGGCCAAGGCUUAAAGAGCACAUGCAAUAUUGUAUGGACCACCCAGAAGAGAUAAGCAAGCUCGCGAAAUUAAAGGCGCAAAUAACUGAGGUCAAGGGGAUUAUGAUGGACAAUAUUGAGAAGGUUUUGGAUCGUGGGGAGAGGAUUGAGCUACUUGUGGACAAAACUGAAAACCUACAGUUCCAGGCGGACAGCUUCCAGAGACAAGGCAGGCAACUCCGGCGAAAAAUGUGGCUGCAGAAUCUCCAAAUGAAACUGAUGAUAGGAGGCGGAAUUCUUAUCCUAAUCCUCAUACUUUGGUUUAUUGCCUGUGGAGGAUUUAAGUGUUGAUGGGGGCAAACCAAAACCUAGCCUUAAUAGCAUUCACUGUUUUUCACGUUCUAUGUACAAAAAAAAAAAAAAUGGAAUAAAAAGAUAGAAGAUGAGUUUCUGGCUGUGUAUGUGACCACUGGUGCUAAUACUGUAGAAUCCAACUAUCUGUCUGUAUUCUGUAGUACCUGAUGGUUUUGUUAAUACUGUAAAGGAUAUGUUUUGUUAGAAUUUGGAACACUUUUUUGCUCAUUUGAGAAUAUGGCUCAAUUGAUUUUAUUAUUAUUUCUGUA